AUGACGGGAAAACAUACCGACGCAUCGACAGCACGGACUGAUAAAAAACCAAACACGCGGACAGAACUACAGGACAAGCAAACAGACAGACAGGAGGAAGCGACGGACGCACUUAAAAAACAGUCAGACAAUUGGACAAGACGUACAAGCAAGGACGAACUGAGGAUGACGGGGUCACCCUCAGAGGAUGAGCUCUUGGCCUCCAGCCAAGAAACAGUUGAGGGCAAAGCUGUGGGCCACAGUACGCCAACAACCAUAAAUGAACCAGCAACAUCCGCUAAAGCCAUGGGGCAAAAGCGCACUAAUAAAGGCCCAUCAAGGUAUAAGCUCUACCAGAGGUCUCUCGCUAUCCUUGGCAGGAUUCGUAAGAACGAGACCGAAGGUAAAGCUCAUCCCAAAGAUGAGGCUGACAAGGCAAGGUGUCAAAAGGUGGUGGACGAAUACCUGGCAUUCCAAACCGCCCGAAAGACAGAGGCCAAGAAACGAAACUGUUCGCAAGACGAAAACAAGAGGGCAACAAAGAAGCACAAGAUCUCAGGUCAGGGUGCGGUUGUCUCCAAACUUACCAAACAAUUUAGUGAGGUGGCACGGGACCAUCUUCAAAUGGCACUGGUGGACGAAACUUCCAACCGCGGCAAACCUGUGCUUGACAAAUGGUCGGAGAGUGAGGCACGGUUGUCUCGCAUAAUCGUCGACCAUGUCAUGGCGAACCCGGAGGGUCAAUCCCCAGGUUUCGACUAG